GUCAACAUCGAAAACCGAGGACAAUCGACUUCACUCCUGACAGAAAGUAAUGAUGUGGAACAUUCAGAGACAAACUGAUUAACUGGUAGUAGUUUAUAUGGUAUCUUUAGUGCGAUAGCGCAAAGGAGUCUCCGUUCGACUUAAGCGUGUCUGGGAGAGUUGAGAGCCAGGAUGCCUAUUUCCAGUUCUCCUUUGCCGCUGGAUCAAUGAACGCCUUAAACUGGUUUAGAGAGAAAAAAUAGGGAUGAUUCGGGUCAAAAGGAGGAACCUGAUCCUGCUGGUGGUGGUAGGGGCUUUCCCUACCGGCCUCCUGGUCUAUUUAGCAUUCUCAUCAGAUGAUAUGUUACCGUCACAGAUGAAUACUCUAGACAUACAUCAGGUCGAGUCCCGGUUUGCACAGAUGUUACGGGAGCUGGACAAGGAAAACAAGGCUGUAAACAAAGAACUCGGCCUGACUAGGAGUCAGCUGCUGAGUCUACAGAUGAGUAUGGCUGCCCAGAAUGACAGUGGGACGAGUAACAACACUCGAGUACGAUGUAAAAACCCUCAACCUGAGGUACCCAAGUGUGAGGUUAUCCAUGUUGCUAUUGUCUGUGCCAAAAAUAAUGCCACACGACAAGUGGUGACAUUAAUAAAAAGCAUCCUAUUCUAUCGCAAGAAUCCGCUACACUUCCACUUCAUCUCCGACAACACUGCUCAACUCAUCCUCCUUUAUCUGUUUGAAACAUGGAAUGUAGCUGAAGUUGAAGUGAGUUUCUAUCCUGCCAGCAGCAUCGAGAAUGAAGUGUCCUGGAUCCAAAACAAGCAUUACUCUGGUGUGUAUGGACUGAUGAAGCUCACACUACCUAAAACACUACCUCAAAGUCUACAAAAGGUUAUUGUCCUGGACACAGAUGUCACCUUUGCUACAGAUAUAGCUGAACUGUGGAAAAUAUUCCAGGUUUUAAAAGGCAAAAAGGCUAUAGGUUUGGUAGAGAACCAGAGUGAUUGGUAUCUAGGGAAGCUGUGGAGGAACCAUCGCCCCUGGCCAGCUCUGGGACGUGGGUUCAAUACCGGAGUAAUCCUUCUAGACCUACACAUCCUGCGACAGCUUGACUGGACCAGUUUAUGGCGGUCAGUGGCCGAGAAGGAACUGAUCACCAUGCAUUACACUUCCCUGGCAGACCAGGACAUUUUCAACGCUGUCCUUAAACAGAACCAGUAUCUCCUCUAUCAUCUACCGUGUCAGUGGAACGUCCAACUCAGCGAUAACACUCGCAGUGAGGAGUGCUAUACCGAUAUUUCUGAUCUCAAGAUUAUUCACUGGAACUCACCAAAGAAGUUAAAAGUGAAGAACAAACAUGUGGAGUUUUUCCGUAAUCUUUACUUGACCUUUCAAGAAUAUGAUGCCAAUUUGUUGCGAAACCGAUUGUUUGGAUGUGGAACAACUAGUGCUGUGAACCCGAUGCAGGAACAGCUAAAUCAAAUUAGUGAAGAUGACGAGUGUUACGACUUCAGUCGAGAGCGUGUCAUGGUUCAUCGAACCCACCUGUACUACAUUGACUAUGAGUAUGAACCAGUUGAGAAUGAUGUGACUUUAGUUACGCAGCUGAGUAUGGAUCGGCUACAGAUGCUGGAGACAAUCUGUAAACACUGGGAGGGCCCCAUCAGUCUGGCACUGUACAUCUCGGAUGCUGAGGCCCAGCAGUUCCUGAGAUAUGCCCAGGGCUCGGAGAUCCUUAUGAAGAGAAAAAACAUUGGCUACCAUGUUGUGUUCAGGGAUGGGCAAUACUACCCAGUCAACUACCUGCGGAAUGUGGCGCUGAAGCAGGUGCGCACCCCUUUUGUGUUUCUCUCCGAUAUAGACUUCCUACCCGUACACAAUCUGUAUGAAAACCUCAAGAGGACGGCAACAACAAUGGAUCUGGCAAACACUAAAAAGGCACUAAUAGUUCCUGCAUUUGAGACACCCCGGUACAGAAUUGAAUUCCCGAAGUCUAAGGCAGAACUCUUGUCCAGUCUAGAUAUGGGUGAUCUCUAUACAUUCAGAUAUCAUGUGUGGCCUAAAGGUCAUUUUCCUACUAAUUACGCCAAGUGGAGGACAGCGACCACACCCUAUACGGUAAGCUGGGAGGCAGAUUUUGAACCCUACAUAGUGGUCGGUAAGGAUGUACCUAUGUUUGAUCAGAGAUUUGUAGGAUUUGGAUGGAACAAAGUUUCUCACACCAUGGAGUUGGACCUAUUAGGGUAUGAAUUUGUCGUGCUGCCCAGUGUCUUCAUCAUCCACAUGCCUCAUGCCCCGAGUUUUGAUAUUGCCAAAUUUAGGUCCAGCUCUUUAUACAGACACUGUUUAAAAGUUCUGAAGAGGGAGUUUCACAGAGAUUUGUCACGCAAGCAUGGCCUGAAGGCUCUGAAGUAUCUCACAGCAGAUUGAACUGGAUAGAUUUGUCACGCAAGCAUGACCUGAAGGCUCUGAAGUAUCUCACAGCAGAUUGAACUGGAUAGAUUUGUCACGCAAGCAUGACCUGAAGGCUCUGAAGUAUCUCACAGCAGAUUGAACUGGAUAGAUUUGUCACGCAAGCAUGACCUGAGGGCUCUGAAGUAUCUCACAGCAGAUUGAACGUGAUAAUUGCCAAACUGUCUCUAUAAUAGCCAAAUACCACUGACUACCUGCACCUUUAUCAAACUGUUCUCAAGAUAACUACAGUAUCCUUCCAGCUGUCAGCCCAAUAUCAUGUCUGGUAUACCCAUUGGUGACAUUUGUUCACCUUGGAUAUUUUCAGUUAAUUUUCACACAUUAGAGGAUUUGCUUUAGGAUGUAACUGUUGCAAGUGAAACAAUUGAUAUGAAACGACCAAAACAACAAUCAUUACGUUUACCUGGUGCUGAAUGUCACAUGGUUCUUGCCUGAAUGUCACAUGGUUAUUUCGAGAUCACAUGAUUGUUACCUAGAUGUCACAUGGUUAUUUCGUGAUCACAUGAUUGUUACCUAGAUGUCACAUGGUUAUUUAGAGAUUAUGAUGGAUGUCACAUGAUUAUUUUGAGGCCACAUAAUUGUUAUCACAUGUUAACGAAAAUGUCACAUGGCUGUUCGUGACAUCCAUCACCUGUUUUAUACAUGAAUGUCAAAUGAUCUAGAUAACACUUCGUAGCUGUCUGGAUUUUAUACCGUUAAAAUGUGCCAAUUAUCAUACUUCUCAUUCAUCAUUUGAUAUGGCUACUUUCCACAUUUAUUUUGCCAUAACAUGUUUCAUACGGUUUAAUUGCUUUAUUAAAUAAUUGAUAAUAUUGAUUUCCAAACAGCCAACUUAUAUACAGUAAUUGGAUUGUUGUCAUGUGAUUACACUUUUAUUGAUUAUCAAUCAUUAAUUCAUAGGAAACGACAAUUUAACCAAGUUCUCAUUUUCAUCCCAUCCUUUUUAUUAUUAUUUUUAAUGAUUGAAGCAAACACUGACAUAUAAUGUAGAUAUUUGAACAUUUAAUGAUAGAAAUACAUUUUUGAUGUGUGAAAGAAAUUUAUUCAAAUUUCUUGAAUACAUUAUAAAAUAGAUUUUUUGUUCUAAAAUUAUAUUAGAAUCAAUGGUUGAGAAAUCACAUAUGUUAAGUUGUGUUAUAAGAUUAAAAUUAUUUUAUUAAAUCAAGUGUUAAAAUCGUUGUGAUCGAGUUUAAAAUUGUGAGUAAAAUAUUACAAGGAUAUAGAAAGCUGAGGGAACUACCCAGGGGAAUGCUCACAUUGGUCUCUUAUCAACAGAGUCUGCUAGUACAGUAUUACUGCCAGUAAUGAUAUGAAAACUGCUUUAGGGAUAAGGAAAUGAGGGUCACUUAAAGGAGCAUUCCUUUGUUCGGACAUUAGAAACAUGCACAGUUUCUAUUGAUGAAAUCUGUGUUCUAAUGAUGAUUAUAUGAGUGUUUGUGCCUACAUGUAAUGCAAUUAAUGCCGAAAUAUGCAGGGAAAAGGCGUAUCGUAUACAAAUACUGUAUGUCUUUGCAGUAGUGAUACUUCAGGUCGAAAUAAGAAUUUUCCGGACUUAAUACUUUGGUUUAUCUUGAGAGUAAAACUGCCUAAUUAAUAUAAAGAUUAUAACUUUUACUAUUUGGGAAAAAAAACAUAUUUUCUAGUAAAUUUUAUUUUGACAACCUAAACUUUAUUCAAACGAAGGAAUGCCCUUUAAAGAGGAUCGAUAAGAGUGAUAAAAUAUCACAAAAUCUGUACAGUAUACAGACACUUAAUAUAAAAUAUUUUUUCAUAAUUUUUCAUCAUAUUCUUUUUUCACCCCUAAUCACUAAGCCAAAACAUUUUGAGGUAAGUAUAAAUGUCUGUAAAUGAUUCAGUAUGUGUGUUAAUAUGUAAAUAAUAUGUAUAAUACAGAGAGUGCAAUUAUAGGUUCUAUGAUCUAUUCAUUUACAAUUUUUACGAUUGAAUUUCGAUGAUAUUAAUUAUGACAUAAUAUUUCCAAUGCUGAUUGUUGUGUUGGACAGUUUAUAUAUGUAUGUGUCCUUUGCUACAGUAAAUGUACCUAUUUAAGCAGUAAAGUUCUUAAGCAUUUUUCACGCUGAUAUCAUUCCCCUAAAUUAUGAUUAUGUUAAUAACAGUUUCUGUAAAUUGUUUUCUAUAUCAUGUACUGUGGGUAUACCAAUUCAUCAUCUCUUUAAUCUGUUUAACUUCAGUUAAACACUAAAAUUUGAAUGUGCUGAAAUUGGUACGCUCUGUAAACCAUGCCUUGUUGUAGUCUGUGGCAAAAAUAUAUACAUUGACAGACUUACACUGUCAGAAGUCAAAAAUGUUCUCACUGCCAUUUAAGUAUAAAACUGUCUCAUAGCGACUUCUAUGAAACCUACUUAUAAUGUAUGUCAUUAUAGAAAAAUCAUUAUAAGAAAAAAACCUUACAAAUAUAAAUGUAUAUAAAACUGAUUUUUGGAACAAUUUGUUGUAUACGUUGAGAUAAAUUGUCAAAAUUUAAAACAAAAAACGGAGUGGUUCCAGGUUUUCUACAAUACUGAUAUUGAUAUGUGAUUCAAAUUGUAUUCUGGACCUUAGAAUGGUGUUAUGCUGUCUAUGUAAAGUAACUGUCUACAAAAUCUGGUCAUAUUGAAGAUUUGGCAGUCGCUAUUAAAGGUCUACUAAGACUUGAAUUAAAGAUAGGGAAUUUGUGAGUGAGGUUUCAUAUUACUUGAUUAAAAAGCGUACAUAACUGUGACCUUUGGUGCAUACACAUUUAUUGUAAAUCUAUAAUCUCAUGUUUAAAACUUGCUACAGUUACUGAAAUCUAACAAAAAUGGAGAAAAACAAUUAAAAAAUUGAAUUUGCAGCCAAAAAAGUUUAACAUCUGUUUUUGUACCAGUCCUUUAUCUUACAAUGAGGAUUCUGAUUCACUGAUAACCAUAUUAGUCACCGUUUCUUUUGUUUACAGGGAAUAUUGCUGUAAAAUCCUUUUAAUCAAUGUCAUUCUGUUCCGAUCGUGAGAAAGCUAAGAGCUAUAGAGUUAUUGUUUAUAUAUAUGUAGUAUAAAUUAUUUAUAUAAUUAAUAAAAUAUGAAAAGACAUACAA